AUGGCUGCCGACAAGCAAGGUACCGAGGAGCAGAUCCUCCAAUGGUACUCCAACCUCUACAGCCGCCGGGUCGACCUGGUAGGCGACUUUGCAGGCAGUGAGCGCUUUCUCGUACACGGCGAAUCACUUUUGCUUCAGUGCUUCGGCGACCCACACAUCGAUUUCGACCCUGGAUAUCAAUUGCUGCACGCAUCGUACGCCGUCGAGAAAUUCCUACAGGGUCUCGUCUCUCGAGGCUGCAACUUCCACAUUGCCUUCUUCGACGAACAUCAAGAUCUUUGCGUACCCCAGGAUGCGUCGCCAGCCAUAAGCGAGAAGUACCUGCUUGCACGAGCAGCUAUCAUCCGCCAUCUCAAGGUCAACCUGCCAGAUGCUGUCCCAGAGAUUGAGAUCAACACCUUCUCAUCAGUAUCAUCCGAUGGCUUCACGGAGUAUCUGCGUGCUACAGACAUUUACUUCGUCUUGUGUCAUGACGGAGCUUCCUUCACUGACAUCCGCAAGAAGUUGGUCCUACAGAAGGACCUUGAUACCCCACAGGGUGAAAACAAGGAUGUACAGGAGCGCCAACAAGAGUACAAGACAUCUUUCCGCACAUUCAUAUACAGUAUGAUGCAGCGAGGCUAUAGUGCGGCGCUUGUGAACGGACUGGAGUGGGCCGAUACCAAAGUCGUCACAACUGUUCUGGAGCACGCACGCUCUAUGACGCUUGAUGUCUCAUCAGCAGAGCCCCAUACAAACAAGAGAUUGACCGAUGUCGUUGAUCUGUCGCACAUGCGCGGCUUUCUGCAGACGAUCAGGACUUCUUGCGAUCAACUCCUAACUGAGCGCGAAUACUUGACAGUACUGGUAGCUUCAAAGCUCGCAGCUUCGCAUGCCGAUCUGUCGGCUGUCUUAUUGCAGCAUGCAGCAUUGCUCUCGGAGCUUCCACUAUCUGAUCGUAUCAUCAAGCAGCGCGAUAUUCCGGAUGACGUCAAAUCUUUCAUUUUGGACUUCUGCCACGAGGCGCGCAAGUUUAUUGGUAGUCCUGCAUGGGCUGAAGCCUUCAAAGGCCAUCCGGACUGCGAUUUGGCGGAUCUUAUCGACGGAAGACUUCUCGCACAGUGCGCGCGUAAUCCCGCCACAGAGCCCAGCGAGCAUCUCCAAACCCUGCUCAAGGCCACAGCAGCUCUGGACGUCCACGAUCUCCCAGCUCAGCCAAAGUCCAUUUCCACAACAAGCACGGACACUGCUGCGGCCCAGAACAGCGAUGAAGAGACAACUACGUACAAAGUUUUGCCCUUCUCGAACGACGUUUUCGAUCCUCAUCUGGCGCCUAUCAAACUAGAUGUGUCAAAGUCAGGAGGCAAGGCAGACCCGACUACUGCUAACAUCUUCCGCGAAGUUACGCAUUGGCAUAACCAGAGAUCGUUGAAUCAGAAAACAAAGGUCGUUGUCGAGAAAGAUCCGAAGAUAGCGAAGAAGGCUCUCCGCCGAAACCAGUUCUUCAUGGCCGAGAUGACUUCGUACGCCGCCAGUCUAACAAACGCCGUUGGCAAGGUACUAGAUCCAGAGACCAUCACUCUCGGCGACAAGUCGAAAGCAGGCCAAGCAAAAUCUAUGACACCGACUCAGACGAUCGAGAACAAGCGACCGAAGCAAUCGUCUAGACAGAGCACUAAGAACAUUAAUGCAUCAAAGGAGGCCAUGCUUGCCAACAUCGCCGCAGGCUCGAAGCGCAAAGAUGAGGAGAACGCGAAACAAUGGUACCAAGCCUGGACCGUCUCAUGUGCGGGCCUUGAGAAGCAGGUCGACUUGGCUUCCAGAUACAACAAAGCCAGGCAAUACCUAGCCGACCGCAAUGAGGCUCAGCGCCAGGUCAUUGGUCCCGAUGUGCGGAUGUACAUGCUGAACGUUCUCCUGGAGAUGUGGGUGCGAUUUUGCCGUGACGGCGCCAAAGAGAAGGGUCUUUAUGUCGCUGCGCUUCUUUUCGAUACUGCUCGGACUAUUAGCAACUAUGAGACUGUUACCAAGACGAUUGCAAAGUGUCUGGCUCUAACGAUUGAGCGCCUGAAGCUGCCCACGCUGCAAGUGCCCACAGAACAAGGCGAUCGGAAGCUGCCGUUCAAGUUUGUUCUGGAAGAGACUGUUGUAUCGGAUCUAGCCUUGACCCUCUCUCCAGAGGAGUUUCAGCUUCUCCACUGCGGACCGUACUUUGACCGUACGAUCGAUUCGGCGCCAGAUUCCCGUGUACCGUUCGAGCCAGAUGCGUGGCAGCGACGCGUGCUGGACGAAAUUGAUGCUCGCCGCAGUCUGCUCGUUAUUGCCCCAACUUCAGCGGGUAAGACAUUCAUCUCGUUUUACGCCAUGAAGCAGGUUCUCGAGGCGAACAACGAUGAUGUUCUUGUAUAUGUUGCUCCCACCAAAGCUUUGGUCAACCAAAUCGCCGCUGAAAUCCAGGCACGAUUCUCGAAGAACUACAAGUACAGCCAGUCUGUUUGGGGUAUUCACACACGAGACUACCGGAUCAACAACCCCACAGGAUGUCAGAUUCUUGUAACAGUUCCCCACAUUCUCCAGAUAAUGCUGUUGGCCCCUAGCAACGCGAAGAGCUGGUCCGAACGAGUGAAGUGGAUUAUCUUCGAUGAAGUCCACUGUAUCGGCCAAGCCGAAGACGGUGUCGUCUGGGAACAGCUGUUACUCAUGGCUCCCUGCCCCAUCAUCGCGCUCUCGGCAACCAUUGGUAAUGCAGAAUCUUUCAAUGACUGGCUAUCCGCUAGUCAGAAAGCCGCUGGCAAUGAAUUGGUCAUGGUACAACACCCACACAGAUAUUCUGACCUCCGAAAGUUUGUAUACACGCCGCCCGCCAAACGCAACGCAGCUAGCUAUCUGCCGCUCCCGAGCAACCGCUCAUUUGCGCAGCUGGGAUUGGACGAACAUACAGACUUCGCUUUCCUGCAUCCUGUAGCCAGCUUGAUCAAUCGUACGCGCGGACUGCCCAGCGACUUGUCCCUUGAAGCCCGAGACUGCCUUACCUUAUGGCAGAGUAUGACCAAGCACCAGACGGCCGAGUACCCGGUAGACAAGUCUCUGGAUCCAUCUUCAAUACUCCCGACAGUCAUCAAGAAGGCAGACAUAAUCAACUGGCAGGCUGGCCUCAAGAAGCUUCUUACUGCAUGGAUGGCCGAUGACAAGUCGCCUUUUGCUGAAGUUCGGAAGGAUCUCAGCAGCCCCAUUUCUGGCUUGCAAGAGCAUCAAGUCAGCGAGGACGCUGGAAACGACGCUGUAGACAACAAGGGACAACUCGAUGAGUUGGGCAUGGAAAUCAGCCACGACAUCUCUAGCAUACUACCUUUGCUCGCUGAUCUGCAGCAACAAGACGCGCUUCCGGGUAUCAUAUUCAACUACGAUCGUGCGAUUUGCGAGAAGAUGUGCCAAACGCUCAUGAAGCAACUUGUCGAUGCCGAAGUCGCCUGGAAGGAGACUAGCCCGAAAUGGAAGAUCAAGCUGCAGCAGUGGGAGGACUGGAAGAAGGAGGUUGCGAGACGAGAGAAGCAAGGCCUUCGCGGAGAUGCCUCGAAGGGCAUGACUAAACAGGACCAGAUGAAAGAAGCCGCCAACGUCGAGGUCAGCACCUUUGCUUCGUUUGAUCCGAACAAGCCUCUCGAUGGAUUCCACUUCGCGGAUCACAAGAAGUUGUCACAAGAAGAAUUUGCUGUACACGCGAAGGAGCUACGUUAUCGUGGGGUCGAUGAAUGGCUUAUCGACGGCCUCAUGCGCGGUAUCGGUGUCCAUCACGCUGGUAUGAACCGAAAGUACAGGUACUGCGUUGAGAUGUUAUUCCGAAAGGGUUACCUUCGCGUUGUGAUCGCAACAGGUACACUUGCUCUCGGUAUCAACAUGCCCUGUAAGACUGUCGUCUUCUCAGGCGACUCUGUCUUUUUGACGGCGCUCAACUUCCGUCAAGCCGCCGGUCGUGCAGGUCGUCGAGGUUUCGAUAUGCUUGGAAAUGUCGUUUUCCACGGAGUGUCUCUCAGCAAGAUCCACAAACUCAUCAGCUCCCGGUUACCUGAUCUCAACGGACAUUUCCCCAUCACGACAACACUGGUGCUCCGUUUGUUCACGUUGUUGAACUCAUCCGAGAAUGCGCCGUUCGCUGUCCGAUGCGUCAACUCCCUGCUCUCACAGCCACGACUCUACCUUGGUGGCGAGGAUGCGAAGAUGACAGUCCUCCAUCAUCUGCGUUUCUCAAUUGAGUACCUGCGGAGACAGCAUCUUCUGGAUGCGCAAGGUGUACCUUUGAACUUUGCAGGUGCUGUAUCGCAUCUGUACUUCACCGAGAACUCAUCCUUUGCCUUCCACGCUCUGCUGAAGGAUGGAUACUUCCACGAGCUUUGCGCCAAGAUCGACACAAACAAAGAGGUGGUAUUACGCGAACUUAUGCUCACUAUGUCGCAUUUGUUUGGCCGACGUCACUGUCGACAGGCGGACGAAGAAUACGUACGAGAGAUCGUGAAGAAGAGCCCAUCGCUUGUGUUCCUGCCUUCAAUGCCAGAGCACGCUGCGAAUGUGUUGCGUCGCCACAACAAGACUACGCUCGACAUUUUCACAGCUUACGUGCGCAGUUUCGUCGACCAACAUGUUCAGGAGCCGGACAACACGCUCCCAUUGACAGAUGUCACCGUCGGUGCCGAAGCCUCUCCGAAAUCAGAGAGCCAGAACGUGAAGGCACGCUCCACUUUUGUUGCUCUUUCGGGAUACGAUGACAAGUUCGAGUCCAUUCACGAUCUGUGCAGCACUAGCCGUUCCGGCGUUUUCCUUGAAGAGGCCGUCGUACCUCACGUUGGCCUCUACCCUGAGGAUUCCGAUCUCCCGCUGAACGCUUACCUUUAUGACUUCUUCAUGCACGGUGACGUCAACGCUCUGAUCACGGCCAACAAGAUUCGUCGUGGAGAUGUAUGGUUCGUACUGAACGACCUCAGUAUGACGCUCGCCACGAUUACUACAAGUUUGUCAAACUUCUUGGGUCUUGCAACAGAGUCCGAUCUCGAUUUCAUCGACGUCCGAGGUGGUGGUGACGACGAGGAAGAGAACCGGGAAGACAAAAUGCUACCGAGUGACACUGCGACAGAGGCCAGUUCAGCCACCACUGCUUCCACGAGCAAAGUCCCACCCAAGCAGGAACUGGCGUUCCAACCCAAGAAGAAGGCCAAGAAGAAGGUCGAAGAAUCAUGGGAGGAUGAGAUGGGGAGCUCUUCCAGCGAAUCGGAAGUCGAAGAGAGCUGGGAUGCCGAUGACGAUGAUGAGAAGAAGGAACCGCCCGCUUGGGAGGAAGGCGAGGGCUUGUUGAAUGUGCUGAAGGCGUUCAAGGCUCUGAAAGAAGACUUUGACACCAAGUUCAAGGCUAUGUGGGCUUAA